AUGGCCAAGCGCACCUUCUCUACCUUGGAGAUGUUCCUGAUUUUCCUUCUUGUAAUGAUGACUGCCAUCACAGUGGCUCUUCUCAGCCUCUUGUUUAUCACCAGUGGGACCAUUGAAAACCAUAAAGAUUCAGGAAGCCAUAUUUCUCCAACCACCCAGGGCCCCACGGCCACCCAUGCUUCCUCAGUGACACGCUCUCCGGAGCCACCUCUGUUUCAGAACUUCAGUGGUUAUCACAUUGGUGUUGGACGAGCUGACUGCACAGGACAAGUAGCAGAUAUCAAUUUGAUGGGCUAUGGUAAAAGUGGCCAGAAUGCACAGGGCAUCCUCACGAGGCUAUACAGUCGUGCUUUCAUCAUGGCAGAACCUGAUGGGUCAAAUCGAAUAUUGUUUGUCAGCAUCGACAUAGGCAUGGUAUCCCAAAGGCUCAGGCUGGAGGUCCUGGACAGACUACAGAGUAAAUACGGCUCCCUGUACAGAAGAGACAACGUCAUCCUGAGUGGCACUCACACACACUCGGGUCCAGCAGGAUAUUUCCAGUACACUGUCUUUGUCAUUGCCAGUGAAGGAUUUAGCAAUCGAACUUUUGAGUACAUGGUCACUGGUAUCAUGAAGAGCAUUGAGAUAGCACACACAAAUAUGAAACCAGGCAAAAUCUUCAUCAAUAAAGGAAAUGUGGAUGGUGCGCAGAUCAACCGAAGCCCUUAUUCUUACCUUCAGAAUCCUCAAUCAGAGAGAGCAAGGUAUUCUUCAAAUACAGACAAGGAAAUGGUAGUCUUGAAAAUGGUAGAUUUGAAUGGAGACGACUUGGGCCUUCUCAGCUGGUUUGCCAUCCACCCAGUCAGCAUGAACAAUAGCAACCAUCUUGUAAAUAGUGACAACGUGGGCUAUGCAUCUUAUCUUUUUGAGCAAGAGAAGAACAAAGGCUAUCUACCUGGAGAGGGACCAUAUGUAGCAGCUUUUGCUUCAUCAAACCUAGGAGAUGUGUCCCCCAACAUUCUCGGCCCACAUUGCGUCAACACUGGAGAGUCUUGUGAUAACGCCAAUAGCACUUGUCCCAUUGGUGGGCCUAGCAUGUGUAUGGCUAUGGGACCUGGACAGGAUAUGCUUGACAGCACACAAAUUAUAGGACGGACCAUAUAUCAGAGAGCAAAGGAGCUGUAUGUCUCCGCCUCCCAGGAGGUAACCGGACCACUGGCGUCGGCACACCAGUGGGUGAAUAUGACGGAUGUGACCGUCUGGCUCAAUUCCACACACACAGCAAAAACAUGUAAACCAGCACUGGGCUACAGUUUUGCAGCUGGCACAAUCGACGGAGUUGGAGGCCUCAAUUUUUUGCAGGGGACAACAGAAGGGGAUCCAUUUUGGGACACCAUUCGGGACCAGCUCCUGGGCAAGCCAUCUGAAGAAAUCAAAGAAUGUCAUAAGCCAAAGCCAAUCCUCCUUCACACUGGAGAGCUAUCAAAACCUCACCCCUGGCAUCCAGAUAUAGUUGAUGUUCAGAUUAUUACCCUUGGGUCCUUGGCCAUAAGUGCUAUCCCUGGGGAGCUUACGACCAUGUCUGGACGGAGACUUCGAGAGGCAGUUCAAGCAGAAUUUUCAUUUUAUGGGAUGCAGAAUAUGACUGUUGUUAUUUCGGGUCUAUGCAAUGUCUAUACUCAUUACAUUGCCACUUACGAAGAAUACCAGGUGCAACGAUACGAGGCAGCAUCUACAAUUUAUGGGCCACACACUCUGUCUGCCUACAUCCAGCUCUUCAGAGGCCUUGCUAAGGCCAUUGCUACGGACACAGUAGCCAACCUGAGCAGAGGUCCAGAGCCCCCAUUUUUCAAACAACUAAUAUCUCCAUUAAUUCCUAAUAUUGUGGAUACAGCACCAAUAGGCAGAACUUUUGGGGAUAUUCUGCAGCCAGCAAAACCUGAAUACAGAGUGGGAGAAGUUGCUGAAGUUGUAUUUGUAGGGGCUAACCCAAAGAAUUCAGCAGAAAACCAGACUCAUCAGACCUUCCUCACUGUGGAGAAAUAUGAGACCACUUCAGCAUCGUGGCAGAUAGUGUAUAAUGAUGCCUCCUGGGAGACCCGGUGA